AAAUAGAAAAUUCCAGUUUUAUAUGAGCAAGUUGAGAAAAUAUAUAUUAAUAUUUUAUUACAGUACUUCCGUCAACUAUGUCCAGUUUUUCCACUGUUUAAAUAGUCCUUGCAGAAAUGUUGAAAAGUAGCCUAGAAAGUGAGAGAGAGGAACAACAGCGUACUAAGCACUGUUGCGGGCCAUGUUGAGAGACUUGGUGGCCUUGACUCAUUAUGUCACUGGCUCUCCUGAUUCCAAGCUUGCCAUUGUUCUUCUAUCUGACAUUUUUGGAUAUGAGCGCCAAACUUGAGAAAGUAAAGAGUGAAAAAGAAUGUCAGGGCCUCAGUGCUGCUCAAACCCUCCAGUGCUCGAUUCAAGUUGUGGAGCAGGCCAUGUUGAGAAACUUGGUGGCCUCGACUCCUAUGUCACUGGCUCACCUGAUUCCAAACUUGCUAUUCUUCUUAUUUCUGAUGUUUUUGGAUAUGAUGCACCAAACUUGAGGAAGCUGGCAGACAAGUGUGCAACUGCUGGAUUCUUCGUGGUGGUUCCCGACUUCUUACACGGAGAUCCCUAUGUGAUUAAAAAUGCUGAGAGCCCUCUGGAAGGCUUUGAUGUUUGGUUUAAAGAUCAUGGAACGGAUAAGGGAGUUGUCGAAGCAAAAUCAGUGAUUGAGGCAUUGAAAAGUAAAGGCGUUUCGUCAGUUGGGGCUGCAGGUUUCUGUUGGGGCGCUAAGGUUGUUGUCGAUCUUGCGAAAACUGACAUUAUCCAAGCUGGUGUGCUGCUGCAUCCUUCAUUUGUCACCAAUGAAGACUUCAAUGAGGUUAAAGUUCCGAUUUCGAUUCUUGGAGCUGAGAUUGACAUAAUGACUCCAGCAGAAGUGGUGAAACAAUUUGAAGCGGUCUUAGCCAGAAAAUCUGCGGUGGAGUUCUUUGUGAAGAUAUUUCCAAAAGUCGAGCAUGGAUGGACUGUGAGAUAUGAUGUUGGAGAUGAAGAGGCUGUCAAGAAAGCAGAGGAGGCUCGUCAGGACCUGUUGGAAUGGAUUUCUAAGUAUGUUAAGUGAAAGUGUUCAACAUAGUACUCCAUCAAAGUUACCUAAGAUUUUAGAACACUAUGAAACUUUAUCAAAACUCCUUUUUAUAUUUGGAAUGGUUUGAAUAAUAAUGCCUGGGACUUUUUGUCCACCAUGAGAAUAUGUACUGAAUUAUUGUGUAGAAUUGAUAACGAUGUUCAAAUAAUCUGUCAUUUCUAUGGUUUACAUACAAAA